CACGAAAAUUACUGAAAGAAAAUAUAAAUAUUAAAAUUCUAUCGUCGGAUAAGGGCAACAAAACCGUAGCAAUGGAUGAGGAUGAAUAUAAAAAUAAAAUGACAAAUAUUUUAGACGACUUAUGCGCGUAUAGAACACUGAGACUGGAUCCGACAUCAAGACUACAGACAAAGAAUAACACCUUCGUAGCACAAUUAUUCAAGAUGGGUCUUAUUUCAAAGGACGAAAGAAAUAAGAUGACUACAACAACAGCGGUACCUCCGAGGAUAUAUGGACUACCAAAAAUACACAAGGAAGGAACACCACUGAGACCAAUAUGUUCUUCCAUCGGAUCUCCAUCUUACGGGCUGUGCAAAUAUAUAAUACAAAUAUUAAAAAAUCUGACAAUGGACUCUAGGUACAACAUCAAGAACGCGGUAGAUUUUAAAGACAGAGUCAACAACUCCCAGAUUAGAGAAGAGGAAACAUUAGUAUCUUUUGACGUAGUAUCCUUAUUUCCCAGAAUACCAAUAGAAUUAGCACUUGACACAAUAAGACAAAAAUGGACCAAAUUAGAAGAGCACACGAAUAUACCGAAACAACUAUUUAUGGACAUAGUUAGAUUUUGCAUACAGGAAAACAGAUAUUUCAAAUACGAAGACAAAAUAUACACACAACUUAAGGGAAUGCCAAUGGGAUCACCGGCUUCCCCAGUAAUCGCAGAUAUAUUAAUGGAGGAACUGUUGGACAAGAUUACAGAUAAAUUAAAAAUAAAACCAAGACUCUUGACCAAAUAUGUAGAUGACCUUUUUGCCAUAACGAACAAAAUAGACGUGGAAAAUAUUCUAAAAGAAUUGAAUUCCUUCCACAAACAGAUAAAAUUUACAAUGGAAUUAGAAAAGGACGGGAAAUUACCAUUUUUAGACUCUAUUGUAAGCAGAAUGGACAACACACUCAAAAUAAAGUGGUAUAGGAAACCCAUAGCCUCCGGACGAAUACUCAACUUCAAUUCAAACCACCCAAAGAGUAUGAUAAUCAAUACAGCACUAGGCUGUAUGAAUAGAAUGAUGAAAAUAUCGGACACAAUAUACCACAAAGAAAUUGAACAUGAAAUCAAAAAACUCUUGACCAAAAAUGACUUCCCCCCAAAUAUAAUCAAAACAUUAUUAAAAAGACGACAAAUCGAAAGAAAAAAGCCAACAGAACCUGCUAAAAUAUACAAAUCACUAAUAUAUGUACCACGACUAUCAGAACGCCUCACAAACUCAGACUGUUAUAACAAACAAGAUAUAAAAGUAGCACACAAACCGACGAAUACAUUACAAAAAUUCUUCAACAAGAUAAAGUCGAAAAUCCCGAUGAUCGACAAAAGCAACGUCGUUUACCAAAUACCAUGUGGCGGGGAAAACAACAACAAGUGCAAUAGUGUCUACAUAGGUACAACAAAAUCGAAGCUAAAAACAAGGAUUAGUCAACAUAAAUCGGACUUCAAACUAAGACAUCAAAAUAAUAUACAGAAAACAGCACUUAUGACCCAUUGUAUAAAAAGCAACCACACACCAAAUUUUGAUGAAACAACAAUCUUACAACAAGAACAACACUAUUACAAGCGACACACAUUGGAAAUGCUACACAUAAUUAACACACCAACCAACAAACGACUAAACUACAAGACAGACACAGAAAAUUGCGCUCACUUGUACAGACACCUCUUAAACAGCCAAACAACCUCAGUAACAAUCUCCACGUCAAAAAGCGCAGACGUGUAAAAUAAUUGCCCUGAAGACGGUUUGCCGAUGUGCAACCGAAAUAUAUCGGAAGAAAAUUAAAA